UGGGUCGAGGAUUUGGAGGUUAUAUAGUUUAUGAUGUACUCUUUCACGUCUAUGCGAGUAUUUUCAAGUAACGUGCACCUGUAAAUGUCCAGUUCGUACUUUUGCAGGAAUUUUCAGGUACUUUGAUUACCGCAGCCCUGUUAUAUUUCGUCGCAUUUCAAUUCAACUCAAGCUUCCCGUGCAGCAGGCGAUGCCAGCGGCAGGUUUGUUGUCUACGUCCCCUGGAGUUCCGGCUGGGUGAACUUAUAUCAACCCCACUCUCUUCUCCCACUGGCUGCUGCUGUUCGUCUGAAAGUGAAUUGAAUUGAAGUUACUUACGUGAAGACAAGCGAAUGAUGGAUGCGAUACUGAAUCAUGAGAAGAAGGCAGAAGAUGAUUAUUACGUGCUGCUUGGAUGUGAUGAAUUGUCAACAACGGAGCAGAUUAACGCCGAGUUCAAGGUCCGAGUUCUAGAAGUGCACCCAGACAAACGUCCUGAUGAUCCCCAUGCCGUUGCAAAGUUUCAAAAGCUCCAGCAGGCACGGGACACUCUGACGGACGAGAAACUACGGCAUGAAUACGACCUCUGGAGGCGGAGCGGUCUGUCUAUUCCCUACAAAGCAUGGUGUGCUACAAGAGGAUCAGUUCACAUGACAAUGCAUUGGGCAAUGAAGAAGAAGAAAGAGCCGAUGCUAGAGGAUGGUUCUCAACUUCAAGAGACAUCGUCGACCUCAUCACAAAGUUGCCCUGGGAACAGCGUUGACUCUUCUGAUGGAUCAGUCCCUUAUUCUGGUGUGCCGUCAAGCUGGUCGAGAGAGAAAGGGGACGAUGUCCUUAGAAAAUUCAGAAGCUACCAAGUCUAAUUAUUCAAACCCCUUUCCUGCUCUUACUUGCCACUUUCCAUCAUCAUCAGUACCAUCAAGUUUCUAAUAAUUUAUUUCAUUAUUUUUUUCUGGGAACCUAUGUUUACACGCUAUGGUAUGCUUUUUAAGAAUUUGUUCAUAUUUCACGUCAUUCUUUUUACUUUAUAAAACAGUGAAUGUAACUAUUGUCAUUAUGUUCUUAUUUGAUCAAGAGUAUGUAUUUUUGUGGAAUGUAAAACAAUGAAUCAAAUCAAAUCAAGUCAGUCAUCUUCAAUUGAGUUUAAUAAUGCACUGCUGGGAGUGUGUUGGGUCUAAUAAGUGCAUGUAAUAUAUUUAGUAAUUGUCUGAAGCUAUAACAAGGACAUUUUUUUUUGGGGGGGGUAAGCUUUAGAAGUACACAUUCCAGUAGGAUUUUUGUUUCAUUCGUAUAGAUGAAUUCUAUUUCUUCAAUGUUUGUUUUUAAAUGCUGAACACUCAUAUCAAAU